AUGACCUCUUACGAAGCCACUAACCCCGCGCUCCCAGCGAUCUCGAGCACCUUGUUCGCGGCCAAAAAGUCGCUGAACAUCACGUUCGCGGAGCUAUCAGCAAAGCUCGGACGCGACGAAGUCGCGGUCGCCGCGAUCUUCUACGGGCAGUCGCGGGCGUCGCCCGAAGACGUGACCGCGCUCGCCUCCGUCCUCGGCAUACCCGAGGCGUUCCUGCAGCCGCUCGCAGAGGACUUCCCAAACAGGGGACACCUCACACCUAUGCCCCCGAGGGAACCCCUGGUUUACCGCCUGUACGAAAUUGUUCAGAACUAUGGAAUGGCCUAUAAGGCGGUUCUCAAUGAGAAGUUUGGUGACGGCAUCAUGAGUGCUAUCUCCUUCAGCACGAAGGUCGAGAAGGAGGUCGAUGAGCAUGGAACUUGGGCGGUUAUUACCCUGAGGGGCAAGUGGUGA